UAUCUUCGCAGAGACUCCGUUCGGUUUUCUCCGUUAAAUGAAAACUUUAAAUUAGCGAUAUUCUAAAAGAGAAAUAUCUGUGCGCCAAGUUAGAAUUCGCGAGUGACUGCUACGUGUGAAGUGUUAAUACUUUACCUACCAACUUGCAGAACAUCUAGUUUGUCAUAAAAUCUCACGAAAAUAUUGUAUGAAAUGCGAAGAAGAGGAUCGUGAUUAUUGUUCGAAAUAUCGUGAGAGUGCUACCUUGAUUUAAUAUUCUAACGCAAAGUAUAUCCGUGAGUGAGGAUAAGAUAAAGAUAUUGUUCCAGUGCGAGAGUGAUUGCCAUAGGGUCCUGGUUUCGAUAUUUAUUGGUAAAAAAGUUCUGAGCAAUUUUUCGCACGCGGCAAUUAACAUUACGUCACAGACGAAAAUUUUGAAGAUUAAUUUUUACUUUUUCGCGACUCACGUUUUUUAUGCGACACAAUGACGGACAGGAUAGAAGACGGCAUUUAUAGACAAAAUGGCUAUACUAACGAGGCCUUCCAGCUGGACGGUUUUGACUCUUUGAAACCGGAUUCUCACGGAAAUACUUCACUUGAUAAACGGCAAGAGCAAUCUGAAAGUUCAGAGGCGGAAUGGGGAGGUAGACUGGAGUUUCUGAUGGCUUGUAUAGCCACUUCCGUCGGACUGGGUAACGUGUGGAGGUUUCCGUUCACCGCGUACGAGAACGGCGGUGGUGCCUUCCUAAUACCCUAUAUUAUAGUCCUGAUCCUAGUCGGGAAACCGUUUUAUCUCCUGGAGGGACUCUUGGGUCAGUUCACCAGUAGAUCUUGUGCAAAAACAUGGUACAUGACGCCGGCUAUGAAGGGAUUGGGAUACUCGCAGGCUUUCGGUGCGUUCUGCGUCGUUUCGUACUACAGCGCUUUGAUGGCAUUGACCCUGUACUAUUUAGUAUCGAGCUUCCAGUCUGAGUUACCGUGGUCGUUCUGUCGUCCGGAAUGGAAAGAUUAUUGCAUCGAUGACUCGAUGUUUAAAAAUGUCUCCGAGGAUCGUAUCGCUACCAUUCAAAGUUCCUCGGAAUUGUAUUUCAGGAAGAUAGUGUUACAGGAAUAUUCGUCCAUCGAGGACGGUAUCGGUGUGCCGUCCUGGCAUUUGUCAAUAUAUCUGUUCCUCAGUUGGGUCUGCGUCUUUGGAGUGCUCUUCCGCGGCGUGAAGAGCGCCGGCAAAGCCGUCUAUUUCCUUGCAUUAUUUCCUUAUAUCGUGAUGAUAGCUCUACUGAUCAGAGCCGUCACUCUUGAGGGUGCCGUCGAUGGCAUCCUCUUCUUUGUAACUCCGAAAUGGGACGCUCUGUGGAAGCCCACUGUCUGGUACGCCGCUAUCACACAAUGUUUCUUCUCCUUGUCAGUCUGCUUCGGUCCGAUCAUCAACUAUUCGUCUUAUAAUAAUUUUGAACACAGAGUGGACAGGGACGUGAUGAUAGUGACCACGCUGGACACAUUCACUAGUCUGAUAGCUGGUUGUACGAUCUUUGGUAUUCUCGGCAAUCUGGCCCACGAGAUGAAUACGAAGGAUAUUGCCAAGGUGGUCCGCAGCGGCAUUGGUUUGGCUUUUAUUUCCUAUCCGGACGCUUUAUCGCGUUUCACUUUUAUGCCACAGCUAUUCUCCAUCCUGUUCUUCGUCAUGAUGUUUGUUCUUGGCACUGGAAGCUCUGCGGCGUUGUGUGGCGCCGUAUUUAGCAUUUUCCGCGAUCAUCUGCCUAAUAUGAGGCAGUGGUUGCUGGUACUCUGCAUCACCUGCUUCGGCUUCGUCGUCAGCCUCAUCUAUAUCACUCCGGGUGGUCAAUGGUUCAUAAUGUUAAUCGAUUAUUAUGGCGGUACUUUCGUGGCAAUAAUCGUUGGCGUUCUCGAGACAGCGACCAUCUUCUGGAUGUACGGUCUCUUUAAUUUCCUCAACGACAUGGAAUUUAUGCUAGGCAACAGACUAGGUGCUUACUGGCGAGCUUGCUGGCUUGUAAUCACGCCUGUGCUCAUGAUCAUCAUACUGAUUUACACAUGCGCUACUUAUGAGCCGCUCAUGUAUGACGGUGAACGAUUUCCCGAUUAUGCCUAUGGAAUAGGAUGGUUUGUGCUAGUUCUAGGUAUAUCUCCCAUCGCAUGGUGGAUCGGCCAGAAAAUAAUUAUGAAUAGAACGUCGUCUUUCACCGAAAUAUUCAAGCCGAGCGCCGAUUGGGGUCCAAAAGACCUAAAGAAAUACAAUGAAUGGAGGGACUUUAAACACUCGAAGAAGAUAUUGCGAGCACGCGUGAAGAAAUCGAAAAUUAUAACAGCGCUAUUUGGCAAAGAUUAAUAAUUGAAAUAAUAUAAAAGUUAUAAUUACUGUGUUUGUUCGUUAUUCGGAUUGUUUAUGUUGCAAUCAUCGUAUAGCGAUCAGUAAAAAGGAUAAUAAUAUUGGCAGCUCUUUGUCACAUAUCACGUUACACAUAGUGCAAUAUUACGUAACGAUUUAUGGAAACUAGCAAGAAGUAAAGCACACAAUAAUUCUUUAACUGCUAUUAAAUAUGUAAGUGCAUAAUAUAAGCGGAUUAAUAAUAUCUCAUAAAACAAUUAUUAUAAUAGAAUAUUUAAUUUUAA